GGAAUAAAAGGACAAGAGGAGAUUUAAGAUUUUACGGAAUUAUAAGAUCUUUGCUCGUUGACGUUCGACAGAGUGAUAGUUGUGAUACUGGUAGACGAAUACAAAAAGCGUUUACCUGCUGACUUCAGUUUUUAAGAAACCAGGUAGUGUUAAAAAUAUUCACGCGACGCGGCAGAACAGAACGCUCGCGGUUUAACUGUACGCUCGUCUUGCUCGCGUUUUUGCAGCGUAGACGCCUGUUUCCUUACAGCCUUACCAAGAAGUGCACUUAAAAGCCGGUGAUGGAGUGGCGACCGCAGUCUGCAGUGGGUUACGAGGCUGCUUACUCAGAAGCACAGAGAUGGAUUGAGGCAGUCACUAAGAAGAAGUUUGGGAGCAGUAAUUUCCGGAGUUCUCUGGAAAAUGGACUUCUGUUGUGUGAUCUGAUCAACAAGAUCAGGCCUGGUGUCGUCAAGAAACUAAACAGAUUAGCCACACCUAUUGCUGGCCUGGACAACAUCAACCUCUUCUUAAAAGCCUGUGCAAAGCUUGGACUAAAAGAGGCUCAGCUUUUCCACCCAGGAGACCUGCAAGACUUAUCCACACGUGUGACUGUCAAGCCCCAGGAGAGCAGCAGGAGGCUCAAAAAUGUUCUGAUCACCAUAUUCUGGCUGGGCAGAAAGGCACAUGCUGAUCCUUUUUAUAAUGGACCUUACCUAAAACUAAAGUCUUUCGAGGGAUUACUUGGCACAGCACUAUAUAAGACUAGCUGA